AUGGGUAUCCAAGAUAUUCUGAUUAAAGCGAGGCUAGAUGGGACUAGGUCAAUUAAUCCUAAACAGAAUUUCAGAUGGUAUUUUCAAGUUCGUUGUGAUAGAUGUAGGGAAAUUAACAAUAAAGAAAUUUAUCUAGCCGCAGAAGAAUUUCAUGAAAAAGCAGGAACUCCUGGAAUAUUUAAUUUUGCAAUGAAAUGCAAAAUAUGUGAAAAUUUAGGGACUAUCAAUAUAAUUAAUGGAUCAAUAAAGCAUUAUAGUGCUUUCACAACCAUAAUAAUAAGCAAGAGAUGCCAAAUUGAAGACUAUGAAGAAGGAUCAAGAGAAAUUUUUAAAUCAAUUUGCCAAUGCGAAACUAGAGGUCUCGUCAUAGUUUCUUUUCGAAUAGGUGAUGGAUUUACAGUAGAAUCAUUAACAAAUAAGAUAUGGGAAGAUGUCGACUUAUCUCAAGGGGACUGGUGUGAGUAUGAUGAAAAUGCAGGUACAAUUGUCGGGGUCUAUGAAAUAGAAACUAGAGUUUCUUAG